CGAUCACGCUCAGAUUUCCCUCCAUUUCUCAUCUCAGGCGAGAAUUUGAAUUCUCCAUAACCAAAUCUCUCCGCCGGUCGGUGGUCGCUGGUGACUCCGAUGACCUCCAGUUCCAAGGCUAAACCUUCGCAGUUUCAUCUUACAUUGGCUUCGUCUCUGGUCGACGAGGACGACGAUUUUCAAGAUCCCUCUCCUUCUCUGUUCCGCUCCAGCAUUGGCCCCUCCACAUCCGUCUCUCGGAAGCCUCUGAGACGUUACAGUACCGAUCGUCCACAUCGGGGGAAGGCAAAGAAGCAUCGGUAUGAAAGUCGAUACAAAGAAAAUGUUUCCCCUCAGGCAGACGGCCUUGUCAUUCCUUGCUCGCUACCUGUUCGACGAAAUUCCGAGCCGGAUUUGGAGAGUGUGGAUUUGAACUGUGGGUUGGAUUCCAUCCAGUUAACUGUCGAUUCUGCUUAUGAUGGCUGUUUGAAUACUGAUGAAGACGAUGCUAGUCAAUGUUCCAAUGAGGUUGUGCCAAACGAAAAGGUUGGAGUAGAUAUAGAUGCAGAUUCUGAUAGGAAGAAUGGGUCACUUUCAUGUUCACCUGAAAAGGGGGUUUCAGAGUGUAAAAAAGGGUACUUGAAUUCAAUAGAGUCGAGGUUGUUGAAAUCUGCUGUGGGAUUGGAAGAUGGGGUGGGUGAAGAAUUGGGGGAGAGCUCAGAUCUUGAUGUUCUGCUUAAACUAUGUGGAGAGGGGAGUGAAGGAGAUGAAGAUUAUUUGGAAGAUCAAGAGGAUGCAGUAGAUGAAGAUGGAUGUGCUUCAGGAGGUAAUGGCGACUGUAGUCUGAUUUAUUGUCCACUUUGUGAUAAGGACAUCACAGAUUUAAGUGAGGAGCAAAGGCAAGUGCACACUAAUGAGUGCAUUGAUAAAGAUGAUGCUCCAACUGAGGUGGGUGUUUCCCAUCGUGACACAUCUAAUCAACAUCUUGGACAAGUUCUCGAUGCUUUCCCUACUCAAUCUCCUCAAAAGUUUGUUUCUAUGUCUCCUGUGGCUGAGUGGCUACACGAGCUAGGACUAGCUAAGUAUGAAGAAUUAUUUAUCAAACAGGAGAUUGAUUGGGACACCUUAAAAUGGCUGACAGAAGAGGAUCUUUGUAAGAUUGGUGUUAGUGCACUUGGUCCAAGAAAAAAGAUCCUUCAUGCUCUUUCUGAACUAAGGAAGGAAAAUAUCAAAGAAGUAGGUGUUCAGAAUGAUGCCAAACAGGCUAUAGUCGAUGAUACAAGUAAAGUGAAGCUGAGCAAGUUGAUAACGGAUUAUUUCCCAUCUUCUGCUGUCAGAAUGAAAAAGGUUCAUGCUACUUCUACUCGAAAAAAGGAAGUGGGGAGCAGUCUCAUGGAUUCUUCAUGUAAACCUUUUAAGAAGAAGGAUCCUGCCAGGAACCCAAAAUAUAGGGAUGUUCCUGUGUGGUGCUCCAUCCCAGGAACACCAUUUCGUGUGGAUGCUUUUAAGUACCUUAGAAGAGAUUGCUCACACUGGUUUCUUACUCAUUUUCACGCUGAUCAUUAUCAAGGUUUAACGAAGUCCUUUUGUCAUGGGAAGAUAUAUUGCUCAAUGGAAUUGAUGUCACCUGUUUUGAUGCAAAUCACUGCCCAGGUGCCAUCAUAAUCCUCUUUGAGCCACCGAGUGGUAAGGCUGUCUUGCAUACAGGAGAUUUUCGUUUUUGUGAUGAAAUGAUGAACAUUCCUGUUUUCCGAUCCUGUAAAAUCCAUUCUCUCAUCCUCGACACAACAUAUUGUGACCCUCAGUAUGAUUUUCCUAAACAGGAAGCUGUAAUACAAUUUGUCAUUGAAGCCAUACAAGCUGAAACUUUCAACCCAAAAACAUUAUUCUUGAUUGGUAGUUAUACUAUAGGAAAAGAAAGACUUUACGUCGAGAUUGCGCGUGCUUUGCGUAAGAAAAUAUAUGUCACGGCACCAAAGCUACGUAUUUUGCAAUGUUUGGGGUUCCCUGACGAAGAUAUGCAAUUUUUCACAUUGAAUGAACAUGAGAGCCAUAUCCAUGUUGUACCUUUGUGGUCACUUUCUAGCUUCAAGCGGUUGAAACUUAUAUCUAACCAAUACAUGGGCCGUUUUAAUCUUAUCGUUGCAUUCUCUCCAACUGGUUGGUCUUUCGGUAAAGGAAAGAAAACGAAUCCUGGAAAAAGAUCGCAGCAGGGUACCAUCAUAAGGUAUGAAGUGCCAUACAUUCUUUGAGACUAACCGAUAAAACUCAUCCAUAAAGCUUAUUGGUUUUG